GGAAUCAAGUUGAUAGUGAAUCAUCUAAGAAAUGGCCGCGCACCUCAGAUCGGCUGGUAAGAAAUGUACAGUGAUCGGUGGGUCAGGAUUCUUAGGCCAGCACAUGGUGGAGCAGCUCCUGGAGAAGGGUUACGCGGUCAAUGUGUUUGAUAUUCAGAAGAGAUUUGACAAUGACAGAGUGCAGUUCUUCCUGGGAGACCUUUGUGACAAAGAGGCUUUGCUCCCGGCUUUACAAGGUGUGUCAGUGGCGUUCCAUUGUGCAUCACCAGCACCUUCAAGUGACAACAGGGAACUGUUUUAUAAGGUGAAUUUUAUGGGAACCAAAGCAGUCAUUGAAGCCUGCAAAGAAGCUGGAGUGCAGAAACUGGUGUUAACUAGCAGCGCCAGUGUAGUUUUUGAGGGCACAGACAUAAAAAAUGGAUCAGAAGACCUCCCUUAUGCAAAAAAACCUAUUGACUAUUACACAGAGACGAAGAUCCUACAGGAGAAGGAAGUGCUCAGUGCAAAUGACCCAGACAACAAUUUCUUCACUACUGCUAUUCGUCCCCAUGGAAUAUUUGGUCCUAGAGACCCUCAGCUGGUUCCCAUCCUCAUCCAAGCAGCUAAGAGCGGCAAAAUGAAGUUCAUAAUUGGGGAUGGAAAGAACUUGGUAGAUUUCACUUAUGUGGAAAACGUGGUCCAUGGACACAUCCUAGCUGCAGAAAAUCUUCAGAGACACUCUCCCCUGUGUGGGAAGGCAUUUCAUAUCACAAAUGAUGAACCGGUUCCUUUCUGGGCUUUCAUGUCCCGUAUCUUGACUGGCUUGAACUACGAUCCUCCCAAGUACCAUAUUCCCUAUUGGCUGGCAUAUUACCUGGCCCUGUUCCUGUCUCUGGUGCUGUGGCUGCUAAGUCCGCUGGUCACCAUCAAGCCCACCUUUACGCCCAUGCGGGUAGCAUUAGCUGGAACGUUUCACUAUUAUAGCUGUGAACGGGCCAAAAGAGACAUGGGCUACAAACCAGUGGUGAGUUUGGAUGAAGCAAUAGACAGGACUCUGCAGAGCUACCCCCACCUACGCCGGGCUAAGGCCUGAGAAGUCCUAGAUGGAUUUUUUUUUUCCUGCUUGAUUUUUGUAAUUGCUUUGACAUCUUAACAUGAACACUGAAGCCAAUUUCACUAAUUCUCUGGAACAGGGAGUUUUCCUGAAGUCCCUCCAUCUCCUCACCAUUAUCAAGGUGGCUUUAUCUGGGUUGAAAAAACCUUCAUGUA